AGGCUGGUUGAAGAUGAGAUGGAAACGGUGAAGGGGUUUGCGAAAGAAUCUACAGUUCCUUUCAGAGAGAGGCUGAAAAUCAUGGCCGGGGUGGUUAAUCCAGAGGACCUCCACUUGAGUUCUGCUGAAAGAAAACUUUUGCAAGCUUAUAAUGAAAAGCCCGUGCUCUCACGCCCUCAACACGCUUUCUAUAGUGGACCAAAUUACUUUGAGAUUGACCUUGAUAUACACCGGUUUAGCUACAUAUCCAGGAAAGGACUUGAUGCAUUCCGAGAAAGGUUAAAAUACGGAAUACUUGAUUUGGGCUUAACUAUACAGGCACAAAAGCCAGAGGAGCUGCCGGAGAAAGUCAUGUGCUGCGUGCGGUUGAACAAAAUUGAUUUUCAAAAUCAUGGUCAGAUACCUAGAUUUGUAAUAGUAGAGGAUGAUAUAUUUGGAUCAGGAACUGGAGAGUCAUGCAUUUAAUGUUACAACAGUUCAAUCAA